GCGCGCCAGCCAGUAGGCACCGCCGUUUCCGUUCCCGAGACGGCCACGUUUCGACAGAUGCAACACCGGGACGCCGUUGGUGCUGCGAACCUUCCCGCGGAUCGUGACGAGGCGGUUUUCGAAACCAUUUCUGGCCGCAUCAACGGCUCGACCGAGCUGCAGCUCACGGUUAACGUGAAGGGCCUACGCGCCAUAAACGGCCUGCCAAGCCACAACACAAUGGGUAGCAGGAUGUUCUCAGCGUUUGUCCCGCCACCAGAACCC